AUGUUGUUUACAAUCUGCCUCCUCGGCCUUCUCACUCUCCCGGCUGUUCGUGCAGAUGGCUGGGAUGAUUUCUCGAAUAACCUCGUGACAGACUUAGCUCCCUUUCUAUCCCUAUUCGGCGAACAAAUUACGAAGCAGUAUCUCAGCGAAAGCAUUGCCACGAUUGAUUGUUUCAUCUUCGCAAUGGCACCCAUGGGCAUCCUGACUGCGAUUGUUUCAGCCAUUCGCGUCUGUGGGAGUCCUUUGCUGCGUGCCUUUAUUGGCAGGGCACAAGAAGGAAGGGGAGUCGCCGAGGCAGAGCUGUGCUCCUCCACGAGUCGAGAUGUGUGCGAGCUCUAUAACAACGGCGGCAUCGCGAGGGUCUUUAGGCGUCCAAAGAUUCUUAAGGUUGUAUACGACCCCGAGCAUAAUUUUGCAGACGAGAAAGCCGGUAUAUAUACAUUUCAGGAAUUUAUCGAGAAAUAUCCGAAGAAAUGGACACGAUACAUCGAUGUGUUGAGUUGGACACUACGAAACUUCAGGGACCCAGCAACAAUUCCAACCUACGACAUUGAGAAACGUCAAGUAGAAGUGAAUAUUUCUGUAAUUUUCUACUUGAAUACCAACUGGUUGCUGUAA